CGCGUUCAGCCUGUGAUAAAUGCUUUAAUUUGAGCGUGCUACGAUUCCCGUGCAGAUUAGUUUAGAGCCUGUGUGUCAUUUGUGUUUGGUGCUAAAACCUCGGAAGAAGCACCAGUAGUAUUGCAGAACGGGAAUCGUGCUGCCACACCGCCAGCAGCAUGAGCUAGCAAAAUUCACCUCUCCCUCGAAGUUCCCGCGCCCCCCCGCUGACUUCUACUGCACACAAACUGAAGCAGAACGUUCCCUGCUAGCUCGUCGGCAACGCCAAGGCUAUACAUCCACGAUCGAGCUCACCACCACAUGCACACAGCUGCUCCCUGUCCCAGCGAUCUAGAGAGAAGCACGUGCAGGGUGCACCGCUGCAUCGGAACGAAGAACUAGCAGCAUGGGGGUGGCCGCCGGCGGUGGGGUGCGGCUGCGUGCCAGCAGCGCCAAGAAGCAGCGGCAGCGGACCCUGAACAACAUCAAGAUCACGCUCCUCUGUGGCUUCAUCACCGUGCUGGUCCUCCGCGGCACGGCCGGCUUCAACCUGCUGGUCAGCAGCGGCGACCUGGACGGCGCGGCGGCGGACGCCAAGGUGGUGGAGGACGUGGAGCGCAUCCUGGCCGAGAUCCGCUCCGACUCCGAGGCGGACGACGUGGUGGUGGUGGUCGAGGGCGGGUCGUCGUCGUCGUCGUCGCCGCGCAACGCGACGGCGGCCAGCUUCGGCAACUUCUCGGCGUCGGCGACGCUAGUCAAGGUGCGGGAGUACAGCCUGGGCCCGCCCGUGCGGGGCUGGGACGCGCAGCGGCGGGACUGGAUGGCCCAGCACCCGGAGUUCCCGCGCCUCCACCCGCGGGGCCGCCCGCGGGUGCUGCUCGUCACCGGGUCGCCCCCUGGCCCCUGCGACAACCCCGCCGGCGACCACUACCUGCUCAAGGCGACCAAGAAUAAGAUCGACUACUGCCGGCUCCACGGCAUCGACGUGGUGCACAACAUGGCGCACCUGGACCCGGAGCUGACGGGGUACUGGUCCAAGCUGCCGCUGGUGCGCCGCCUCAUGCUGGCGCACCCUGAGGUGGAGUGGAUCUGGUGGGUGGACAGCGACGCCAUCUUCACCGACAUGGCGUUCGAGCUCCCGCUGUCCCGCUACGACGGCAGCAACCUCGUCAUCCACGGCUACCCGGACCUGCUGUUCGAGAAGCGCUCGUGGAUCUCGCUCAACGCCGGCAUCUUCCUGCUUCGCAACUGCCAGUGGUCGCUCGACCUGCUGGACGCCUGGGUGCCCAUGGGGCCCCGCGGCCCCUCCCGCGUCGAGGCCGGCAAGCUGCUCACGGCCAGCCUCACGGGCCGCCCGCCCUUCGACGCCGACGACCAGUCCGCGCUCAUCCACCUGCUGCUGGUGCAGAAGGAGCGGUGGAUGGACAAGGUGCACGUGGAGACGGAGUUCUACCUCCACGGCUUCUGGACGGGGCUGGUGGACAGGUACGAGCAGAUGAUGGAGGACAACCACCCGGGCCUCGGCGACGACCGCUGGCCCUUCAUCACCCACUUCGUCGGAUGCAAGACCUGCGGCAGGUACGAGGACUACCCGCUCGACCGCUGCAUCCGGGGCAUGGAGCGCGCCUUCAACUUCGCCGACAACCAGGUGCUCAGGCUCUACGGAUUCCGGCACCGCUCGCUCACAACCGCCAAGGUCAGGAGGGUCACCGACCCCGCCACCAACCCGCUCGAGGCGAAGGAGGCCGCGCUCAACAUGGACGCCAAGUUCACCUAGAAAACAUCAGUUAUACUUACUUAUACGUACGAGUUUUGAUCAGUUCUUUCUUUGCGUUUUCUUUUGAUUUGUCUUAUUAGCUUUCUGGUUUGCAGAAGCUAGAAACGUUGCUGUUAUAUGUCUGAUGCUCUCGGUUGGAUUCAGAAAAAAAAUGGAACUGGGCAGAAGAGUAGUAGUAUGAUUCAAAUUGUUUUUGUACUAAAACGCAGAGAGAUCAUGCAGUUGUCAGUGAGUGUACUGUUUCAGCAAACCGGAAAUGCUGUUCUUUUCGUCUGUAUGCUUUGCGGAAUCUACUGUUUCAGCAACAGAUCAUGAAUGGACAUGUAUGUACUCUGGAUAUCUUUGGUAUUCCGGUUUUGAAAAAAGAAGUGUUGCACUGCUUAAAUUA